GCGCUGCAGCAGUCUGACCCUUGCUGUGUGCGUCGUCCAAUGGUUCGCCUCAUAGGAUGAGUUGACAGCUGACGUAAAGCGUCACAUAAAAGCUACAGCGCACCACGUUACCGACCGUGUCUCACAGUCCCACAUCGUGCUCUACUCCGAAGGUAAACCAUGAGCUACCACAAACCCGACGAGAAAACUCUUCAGGGCCUGAAAGACAUCGCGAACAAGCUCAGGAUUCACUCCAUCAAGGAAACAUGCGCAUCAAAUUCCGGACAUCCCACCUCAUGCUGCAGCGCUGCCGAGCUCAUGUCUGUACUGUUCUUCCACACCAUGCGCUACAAAGCUGAUGAUCCUCGCAACCCCUGCAACGACCGCUUUAUUUUGUCUAAGGGCCAUGCUGCUCCAAUUUUAUAUGCAGCUUGGGCAGAGGCCGGGUACAUCAAAGAGUCCGAUCUGCUGAACCUGCGCAAGAUCGACUCUGACCUGGAGGGUCACCCCACUCCUAAAUUAGCUUUUGUGGAUGUUGCAACCGGAUCUCUUGGCCAAGGUCUGGGUGCUGGUUGUGGUAUGGCAUACACUGGAAAAUACUUGGACAAGUCCAGCUACCGUGUGUACUGUAUGUUGGGAGAUGGUGAGUGUUCUGAAGGCUCUGUGUGGGAAGCCAUGGCUUUUGCCUCCUAUUACAAACUUGACAAUCUGGUGGCCAUCCUUGAUGUGAAUCGCCUGGCCCAGAGCGAGGCAGCCCCACUUCAGCAUAACAUGAACGUCUACAAGGAUCGCUGUGAGGCAUUUGGUUUUAAUACCCAUGUGGUGGAUGGCCAUGAUGUGGAGGAGCUGUGCAAGGCUCUAUGGGAUGCACAGCGAGUGAAAGGGAAGCCCACAGCCAUUGUUGCCAAAACAUUUAAGGGUAAAGGUCUUAAAGGUAUUGAAGACCAGGAUAAUUGGCAUGGGAAGCCUAUGCCUAAAGACCGUGCCGAUGAGCUCAUAAAAGAGCUCAUGAGCCAGAUCCAGUCUCCCAAUAAGCCCAUCCACCCUCAUCUACCCAAAGAGGACGCUGCUCCAGUUGACGGAAAACCUAUUCGCCUGCUCACCGCUCCAGAAUACAAGAUUGGAGACAAGGUCUCCACCAGGAAGGCUUAUGGUGUCGCUCUGAAGAGGAUGGGUGAUGCAAGCACUCGUGUGGUGGCUCUGGAUGGUGAUACUAAGAACUCAACCUUCUCUGAUAUCUUCAAAAAGGCCCAUCCUGAUCGCUUCAUCGAGUGCUUCAUUGCUGAGCAAAACAUGGUGAGCGUGGCCAUCGGUUGUGCCACUCGUGAUCGCACCGUUCCAUUUGCCAGCACUUUUGCCGCCUUCCUCGCUCGUGCCUAUGACCACAUUCGCAUGGCAGCGAUCUCCCAGUCCAACGUCAACCUUGUUGGCUCACACUGUGGCGUUUCUAUUGGUGAGGAUGGCCCCUCACAGAUGGCCCUGGAGGAUCUCGCAAUGUUCCGCGCUAUCCCGACAUGCACUGUGUUUUAUCCUAGUGAUGGAGUAUCAACUGAGAGAGCCGUAGAGCUUGCAGCCAAUACAAAGGGUAUCUGUUUCAUCCGCACCAGCCGGCCUGACACUGCAGUCAUCUAUAAUCCUGAAGAGAAAUUUGAAGUUGGCAAAGCCAUGGUGGUGCGUCAGUCUGAAAAUGAUCAAGUGACUGUUAUUGGUGCUGGAGUAACUUUGCAUGAGGCACUUGCAGCACAUGAACAACUGGCUAAAGAAGGUGUGAAUAUUCGGGUGAUUGACCCAUUUACUAUUAAGCCUCUGGAUGCUGAAACUAUCGUGUCAAGUGCUCGUGCUACAGGAGGAAAAGUGAUCACUGUAGAGGACCACUACAAAGAGGGUGGUCUGGGCGAGGCUGUCCUGUCUGCAGUGGGUGAGGAGCCCGGCAUCGUGGUGCACCGGCUGGCUGUGAGCCGCGUUCCCCGGAGCGGCAAACCGCAGGAGCUUCUGGACAUGUUUGGCAUCAGUGCCAAAUGUAUCGUUGCGGCCGUCAAGAGCACUUUUGCCAACUGAAACCCUCCCAUCAUUAAAUGGCUCUGAACUACACCCUCCCUCCUUACCCUGUAUCUAGAGACCAAGCUCACGACAUCAGUAUCAUUCCAGAAGUUUACCACCUUAUAUUUCACUGAGAAGAAACUGGGGUUGUGUGUUUUUUUUCUAACAUGUGCACUGUAGUUCCCAUUGCUUUGCAUUUCAUUCAGGUUUGCUUUCUUGAAAGCUUUAAAUGCUGCAUUAAUGCUGGUUGUUAAAGGUUUAAUGAUAGAUUAAAUCCGACUGCAUUCCAUUUUAUGAACAUCUUAAGAUAAUGACCAUUUCACAUUUCUGAUUUAAGCUUCCCUGUAGCUCUGUAUGCCUAAAAAGCUUAUGUUAUGAAAUAAGUGAAUCUGACCAGAUCUGCGAUGGUGCUUUCAGUAAAAAUAUGCAUUUGUCAUUUUUUUUUUUUACAUGUUUUUCUUGUCAUGUGAGCUACCGGUGUUAACAACGGUUUGAUUUUGGUGACUGGAGGCCCUUCGUGUUAUUACUGUAUUGUGUGAACUUGGCUUUCACUGCAUUUGAUGUAAUGUGUUAAUAAAAGUACCACAAUGUUCACAUCA